AGGUUUGCAGCCAUAGAUUAACAUUCGCUGUGCAGCGAACUAACAGCACGAACUGUGCAAAAAUAUUGUAGUACGCUUACGGGUUUUAAACGGUACAGUUACAAUUGAGUUGUCAACCGUUACGGACGCAAGUUCUGAUUAGGAUCUGUGUUAUAAAUUUUGCUUAAAACGCAAAUUAAAUUCUAGUUAAACGUAGAACGCGCGUCGUCCGUCUCCACGUUAAUUCCACUUACACAUACAUACCACAGCAGCAAACGCAGCAGCGCCGCCGGCAGAAGCAGAGCAGCAACAGCAGCGGAUUAACCCUUAGCUACAUUUCUUUCCAAACACAACAAAAACCCAACAACUACAAAAAUGGCCGAUCAGCUGACAGAGGAACAAAUUGCUGAGUUCAAAGAGGCGUUCUCGCUAUUCGACAAAGACGGUGAUGGCACCAUCACAACAAAGGAAUUGGGAACAGUUAUGCGCUCCCUGGGACAGAACCCCACAGAGGCUGAGCUCCAGGACAUGAUAAACGAGGUCGAUGCCGAUGGCAACGGUACAAUUGAUUUCCCAGAAUUCCUUACCAUGAUGGCACGCAAAAUGAAGGACACCGAUAGCGAAGAGGAGAUUCGGGAAGCCUUCAGAGUGUUCGAUAAGGAUGGCAACGGCUUCAUUUCAGCGGCCGAAUUGCGUCAUGUGAUGACAAAUUUGGGCGAGAAAUUAACAGACGAGGAGGUCGAUGAGAUGAUCCGUGAGGCUGAUAUCGAUGGUGAUGGUCAGGUCAAUUACGAAGAAUUCGUGACUAUGAUGACAUCGAAGUGAAGCGUUAAAUUAUUUCUUUUUAAGCCUUUCUAUUUUUUUAAGAUGUUGACGAAGACUGUAGCUGUGCGCAAUGACAUCGCGCCACGCUGUUGCUAUGGACCCCAGUAAAAGAUCUUAAAAAAACAACAAAGAGUUAAGCGAAAAACAAAAUAAAUACAUAAAA